AUGUUUGGACAGAAGAGCUGUGGAAAUGCCAAUUCAGUGACUUUGCCAGAGACAUUAUUGUUCGUUUCAACUCUUGAUGGGAGUUUACAUGCAGUCAGCAAGAGAACAGGGUCAAUUAAAUGGACUUUAAAGGAAGAUCCUGUACUUCAGGUGCCACUGCACAUGGAAGAUCCUAGGCCAGCAUUUCUUCCUGAUCCUAAUGAUGGAAGUCUCUACACUCUUGGUGGCAAGAAUAAUGAAGGCUUAACUAAACUGCCAUUCACCAUCCCAGAGCUUGUCCAGGCUUCCCCUUGCCGCAGUUCCGAUGGAAUUCUAUACAUGGGGAAGAAGCAGGACAGCUGGUAUGUAGUAGACCUUGCAACAGGAGAAAAACAGCAGACUUUAACCUCUUCAUUUGCUGAAAGCUUGUGCCCAUCUACCUCACUGCUGUAUCUUGGUCGAACAGAGUAUACCAUCACCAUGUACGACACCAAGAGUAAGGAACUCCGCUGGAAUGCCACCUACUUCAAUUACGCGGCAACAUUGCCUGAUGAAGACGCCCAAUAUAAAAUGUCUCACUUUGCAUCUAAUGGAGAUGGACUAGUGGUGACCGUGGACAGUGAGUCGGGCGAUGUCUUGUGGAUCCAGAAUUACGGCUCCCCUGUUGUAGCUUUUUACAUCUGGCAGCGGGAAGGCUUAUGGAAAGUGAUGCACACCAACGUGGGAGUAGAAACCCUGCGCUACUUGACGUUCAUGUCCGGUGAAGUUGGGCGCAUCACUAAGUGGAAAUAUCCAUUUCCCAAAGAAACGGAGGCCAAAAGCAAACUAAUGCCAACCCUUUAUGUAGGGAAAUACUCUACCGGCUUAUAUGCUUCGCCAUCGAUGGUACACGAAGGAGUGGCUAUUAUGCCUCGGGGAAGUCCCAUUCCAUUGAUAGAAGGCCCCAAAAUACAAGGGAUCACCAUUGAAGAAUGUGUGAUCACCCCAAGUACAGAUCUAAGGUUUCAGCCUGGAUUCAAAUCAAAGAAAGGACUCCAUUUUCUGAGGAACCACUGGCUUUUAAUAGGGCAUCAUGAGACCCCAUUAUCAGCCUCAACCAGGAUCCUGGAGAAAUUUCCAAGCAACUUGCCUAAACGUCAGGAAAAUGUGAUCCCGGCAGAUUCAGACAAAAAAGUUUUUGAAGAGGCAAUUAAUAUGGCCGGCAGUCCCGGGAAGAAUUUGCCGCACCCUGUUCCAGAGACGGCUGCAGAGACAACCAGCCAAACCACGACCCGACCAGAGGCUCCAGUGGAUUCCAUCUUGAAGGACUUUGCCACCGUUCUCUUGAGCACUUUCCUGCUUGUUGGCUGGGUAGCCUUUGUUAUUACCUACCCCAUGAACAUGCACCAUCAGCAACAGCACCAACAGUUCCAGAAACAGAUAGAAGAGAAGCUACAGUUGUUGAAGCAACAGCCUUUCAGACCUCCCAUAGAUCUUCCUCCUGAGGCAGAACUUCUGGAAGGUUCUUGUGUCAGGCAAGAUGGCUCAGCCACCAGUUCACCAAGUAUGUCGCCGAAGACGUCAAACCACUCUGCGUACUCCAAUCUCUCCGUCUCUGAUGUUGGAAGCUGCCUUUCCACCGAACCUGAAGGAGAUGGAAAGUCAGGCACCAUUGUGGUUGGAAAGAUUUCAUUCAAUCCGAAGGAUGUCCUUGGACAUGGAGCCGAGGGAACAAUUGUUUACAGGGGCACGUUUGACAACAGAGAUGUUGCUGUGAAGAGAAUUCUCCCCGAAUGUUUCAGUUUUGCUGACCGGGAGGUCCAGCUGCUCCGUGAAUCUGAUGAACAUCCUAAUGUAAUCCGCUAUUUCUGCACAGAGCGGGACCGCCAGUUCCAGUACAUUGCUCUGGAACUCUGCGCUGCCACCUUGCAGGAGUAUUUGGAACAGAAGGACUUUGGCAAUCACGGCUUGCAGCCAAUCACCCUCUUACAGCAGACCAUGUCUGGUCUGGCUUAUCUUCACUCUCUCAAUAUAGUCCACAGAGACUUGAAGCCCCACAACAUCCUCAUCUCUAUGCCGAACGCCCAUGGCAAGGUAAAAGCCAUGAUUUCCGACUUUGGCCUCUGCAAGAAGCUUGCAGUUGGCAGGCACAGUUUUAGCCGCCGGUCUGGAGUUCCAGGCACCGAAGGUUGGAUUGCUCCAGAGAUACUGAGUGAGGACUGCAAAGAGAAUCCAACCCACACGGUGGAUAUUUUUUCAGCUGGCUGUGUUUUCUACUAUGUGGUAUCGGAAGGCAACCAUCCGUUUGGCAAAUCCCUGCAGCGGCAAGCCAACAUUUUACUGGGCGCAUACAGUCUGGAUUGCCUAAAUUUAGAGAUCCAUGAGGACAUUGUUGCACGUGACUUGAUGGAGCAAAUGAUAAAUAUGGAUCCUCAGAAACGGCCUUCGGCUAAUUGUGUCCUGAAGCACCCUUUUUUCUGGAGCCUAGAGAAGCAGCUUCAAUUUUUCCAGGAUGUGAGUGACCGGAUAGAAAAAGAAUCUCUAGAUGGUCCGAUAGUGAAGGAGCUGGAGAGAGGAGGAAGAACUGUGGUGAAGAUGGACUGGAGAGAGCACAUAACCGUCCCGCUACAGACAGAUCUUCGAAAAUUCCGGUCCUAUAAAGGGGGCUCAGUAAGAGAUCUCUUGCGGGCAAUGAGGAACAAGAAACAUCACUAUCGAGAAUUGCCUCCCGAGGUACAGGAGACUCUGGGAUCUGUCCCAGAUGAUUUUGUGGCCUACUUUACUUCGCGUUUUCCUCAUCUCCUGCUGCACACUUACAAUGCUAUGCGCAUCUGCUGCCUGGAAAGACUGUUUCAGCCUUAUUACAUGCAGAACUCGGCCAGGCAGCUGUUUUUGGGAGAUGCUGCUUGACGGUUGGAGUUGUCUUGCAUAUCACAGGGCCGAGCAAUCGGCCUGCCUUAGCAGGGUGACUUGACAGACUGCAAAAGAGUGAACCAAACCAAA